UAACUACCGCAAAUACAGUGACUGCCUCGAUUGCUACUGAUUCAAUAAUUGCUGCCGCUACCACCGAAGCUCCAGUCACUACAGAUGCCACAAUUGCUGCUGAUACUGCAAAUCCAGUAACUGCAACAAUUGAUACUGCUCCAGUAACUACUGCUGCCACAGUUGCAACUGAUCCAAUAAUUGCUGCCGCAGCUAUCACCGAAGCUCCAGUAACUACCAAAAGUGACACAAUUGCUGCUGAUACAGCAAAUUCAGCAACUACAACAAUUGAUAAUGCUCCAGUAACUACUGCAAAUCCAGUAGCUGCCACUGAUCCAAUAUUUGCUGCCGCAGCUACCACUGAAGCUCCAGUAACUACUAAAGAUGACACAAUACCUACUACAAAUCCAGUAAUUGCCACAAUUGCUACUGAUCCAGUAACUACCGCAAAUACAGUGACUGCCUCGAUUGCUACUGAUUCAAUAAUUGCUGCUGGUACUACCACCGAAGCUCCAGUAACUACUACAGAUGCCACAAUUGUUGCUGAUACCGCAAAUCCAGCAACUGCUACAAUUGCUGCUGAUGCUGCAAAUCCAGCAACUACAACAAUUGAUACUGCUCCAGUGACUACUGCAAAUCCAUUAGCGGCCACAACUGCUAUUGAUCAAAUAAUUGCUGCCAUUGCUACCACCGAAGCUUCAGUAACUUCCAAAGAUGACACUAUGACUACUACAAAUCCAGUAACUGCCACAAUUGAUACUAAUCCAGUAACUACUGCAAAUCCAGUAGCUACCACGGCUGCCACUAAUUCAAUAAUUGCUGCCACAGCUACUACUGAAGCUCCAGUAACUACCAAAGAUAACACAAAUCCAGUAGCUACCACAACAAAAAAACAAAACGGAAAAGUUAGUUCAGUAACAACUAUUAAUUCCAAUCCAAUAACUACUGGCGCCAGUGUUCCGGUAGUUACUGAUACGGAAAUACCAUCUACAACAACAAAAAAACAAAACGGAAAAGCUGGUUCAGUAACAACUAUCGACACUAAUCCAGUAACUACCGCUACCGGUGAUCCAGUAAUCGCAGUCGCAGAAAUACCAUCUACGACAACAAAAAAACAGAACGGAAAACCUGGUUCAGUAACUACUAAUCUAAUAAUUACCACGGCCAGUGAUCCGGUAAAUACUGCCACAGAAAGACCAUCAGCAACAUCAAAAAAACAAAAUGGAAAAACGGGUUCAAUAACUACUAUAGACGCCACAAUAGAUACUACAAAUCCAAUAACUGCCACAAUUGCUACUGAUAUCGCAAGUUCUACAACUGCCACAGUUGCUGCUGAUACAGUGACUGCCACGAUUCCUACUGAUCCAGUAACUACAGCAAAUCCAGUAGAAGCCACAACUGCUACUGAUCCAAUAAUAGUUGCCGCAGCUACCACCGAAGCUCUAGUAACUACCAAAGAUAACACAAUGCCUACUACAAAUCCAGUAAUUGCUGAUCCAGUAACUACCGCAAAUACAGUGACUGCCACAUUUGCUACUGGGCCAAUAACUGCUACUACUGCUACCACCGAAGCUCCAGUAACUAUUAUAGAUGCCACAAUUGCUGUUGAUACCACAAAUCCAGCAACUACAACAAUUGAUACUGCUCCAGUAACUACUGCUGCCACAACUGCAACUGAUCCAAUAUUUGCUGCUGCAGCUACCACCGAAGCUCCAGUAACUACCAAAGGUGACACAAUUGCUGCUGAUACCGCAAAUCCAGCAACUGCAACAAUUGAUACUGCUCCAGUGACUACUGAAAAUCCAGUAGCUGCCACAACUGCUACUGAUCCAAUAAUUGCUGCCGCAGCUACCACCGAAGCUCCAAUAACUACUAAAGAUGACACAAUAGCUACUACAAAUCCAGUAAUUGCUGAUCCAGUAACUACCGCAAUUCCAGUGACUGCCACGAUUGCUACUGAUCCAAUAAUCCCAAUAAUUGCUGCUUCAGCUACCACUGAAGGUCCAGUAACUACUACACAUGCUACAAUUGCUGCUGAUACUGCAAAUCGAGUGACUGCCACGGUUGCUGCUGAUCCAAUAAUUGCUACUGCUGCUACUACGGAAAGUCCAGCAACUACUACAGAUGCCACUAUAGCCAAUGCAAAUCCUGUAGCUGCUACAAUUGCUACUGAUACCGCAAAUCCAGUAGCUGCUACGAUUGCUACUACUACAAAUCCAGUAACUGCCACAGUUGUUACUGAUAUCGCAAAUCCAGUAACUACCACAACUGCUGUUGAUCCAAUAACUACUGCAAAUCCAGUGACUACCACGAUUGUUACUGAUCCAAUAAUUGUUACUGCUGCUACCACCGAAGGUCUAGUAACUGCUACAGAUGCCACUAUAGCCAAUGCAAAUCCAGUAGCUGCAACAAUUGCUACUGAUACCACAAAUCCAGUAACUGCCACGAUUACUACUACCACAGAUGCCGCAAUUGCUAAUGAUCCAGUAAUUACUGCAAAUCCAGUAACAGCCACGACUGCUACUAAUCCAAUAAUUGCUGCAGAAGUUCCAAUAACUACAAAAGAUGACGUAAUAGCUACAAUUGUUACUGAUACCGUAAACCCUGUAACUGCCACAAUUGCUGCUGAUCCAGUAACUACUGCAAAUCCAGUAGCUGCCACGACUGCUGCUACUACCACCAACGAGAGUCCAUUAACUACUAAAGAUUCCACAAUAACUAAUGCAAAUCCAAUUGCUGCCACGGCAGUAACUACUGCUAAUUCAGCAGCUGUUACGAUUGCUGCUGUUUCCACCAAAGGUUCAGUAACUACUACAGAUGCCACAAUAGAUACUAUAAAUCCAGUAACUGCCACAGUUGCUACUGAUCCACCAAUAAUUGCUGAUGCUGUUACCACCGGAGGUCCAGUAACUACUACGGAUACCACAAUAGCUGCUACAUUUACUACUAAUCCAGUAACUCCUGUAAACCUAGUAACCGACGCGGUUGCUACUAAUCCAAUAAUUGCCUAUACAGCUACCACCGGAAGCCCAGUAACCGUUGCUGAUGCCACAACUGCAAAAAAAGCUCCUACAAUGGUUGUAGGAUCUACUGCAAAUCCAGCAACUGCCACAAUAGCUACUAAUCCAGUAAUUUCUGCUGAAGCUACCACCGUAGAUUCAGUAAUUACCACAGCCGCCACAAUAAUUUCUACUACAGAUCCAGUAACUGCCACAAUUGUUACUGAUUCAGUAAUUGCUGCUACUGUCACAAGUGCUACUGAUCCAGUAAUUGCUACCGCAGCUACCACCGGAGGUCCGAUAACUACCAUAGCCGCCACAAAAGCUAGUGCUACAAGUCCUGUAACUGCCACAUCUUCAAGAGCCACCACCAAUGUUCCAGUAAUUGCAGAAAAUAAAAUUACAAGCCCACAUACCACCACGAUUGCAAAUCCAUCAUUAGAUCCUACAGUUACAGAUUCCAGUUCGAAUCCAACAAUUACUGAUCUUGGUUCAGAUCCUGCUACCACUGAUACCACCGGUACAGAUCCGGAUCCUGAGGUCACUGAUCUUGAACCUGAGCCCACUGAAUCCAAAGCGGUUCAUCAUAAACAAAAAUCUGGUUCAAAAGCACACAAAGCGGUUCAUAAUAAACAAAAAUCUGGUUCAAAAGCACACAAAGCGGUUCAUAAUAAACAAAAAUCUGGUUCAAAUGCACACAACGCGGUUCAUCAUAAACACAAUUCUGGUUCAAAAGCACACAACAAUGUGGUUCAUCAUAAACCAAAUCAUGGUUCAAGAGCACACAACAACGUGGUUCAGCAUAAACCAAAUCAUGGUUCAAAAGCACCCAAA